UUCCCCCUUGUACGCGCAGAAAGAAUUCACAUCAAAGAAGAGGGAUGACUUUGAAGAUAUCUUGGAGGAGAGGCGGCAGUCCAGUGACCUGAGAUACGCAAUGAAAUGUUUCAACCCUGUUGUUUAUAAAGGGCUUUCACCUUGCAAGCCAAGUGCUAUUAAAACUACCGUUCUACAUUCUGACCAAGUUCAAUAUGUUAUCAGACAGUUAUCAAAGGAGAUGGGUGAGUCCCCUGAUAUUAUACAAGAAGAAGCCAUUGAAAUCCUGGAUGAGAUGGGUCACAAUAUACAGACCAGAGCUAUUAGAUUUUUUGCUCUUACUUUGAGCAAAGUGUUUAAAACCCUUUUCCGCAAGAUUUGUGUGAAUGGAGAAGGAAUUCAGAAAUUACAACAAGCCAUUCAGGAACAUCCAGUUGUCCUGCUACCUAGUCACAGAAGCUACAUGGAUUUUCUGAUGCUAUCGUAUUUGUUAUACACCUAUGACUUGGCUUUGCCUGUCAUUGCUGCAGGAAUAGAUUUCCUAGGAAUGAGACUGGUUGGUGAGCUGCUACGAAAGUCAGGUGCCUUCUUCAUGCGACGUACAUUUGGUGGAGACAAGCUCUAUUGGGCAGUUUUUGCUGAAUAUGUAAAAACAAUGAUCAGGAGUGGCUAUGCACCAAUGGAAUUUUUUCUGGAAGGGACUCGAAGCCGCACUGGCAAGACUCUUACUCCAAAGCUUGGUCUUCUCAGUAUCGUGAUGGAGCCAUUUUUUAAACGAGAGGUUUUUGACACGUAUCUUGUCCCAAUCAGCAUCAGCUAUGAUAGAAUAUUAGAAGAAUCCCUCUAUGCACGUGAACUUCUAGGAGUCCCUAAGCCAAAAGAAUCUACAUCUGGGUUAUUGAAAGCCAGAAAAAUACUCAGUGAUGAUUUUGGAAGUGUACAUAUAUACAUUGGGCAGCCUUUAUCACUGAGAGCCCUGGCAUCUGGGAGAAUUGAUCGACGGCCGUAUAACUUGAUUCCAAGAUAUCUUCCCCAAAGGCCAUCUGAGGAUAUCCAAGAUUUUGUCAACAAUGUAGCCUACAAAAUUGAGCUCCUGCAAAUAGAAAACAUGGUUCUGAGCCCCUGGGUGUUAAUUGCCACUAUCCUACUACAGAAUUUGCCAGCCAUAGACUUUGAUCUUCUGGUGGAAAAGACGCUUUGGCUUAAAGGCUUAACACAGACUUUUGGAGGAUUCCUUGAGUGGCCUGAUCAUCUUUGUGCCAACAAAGCAGUCACAUCCUGCCUUGCCCUGCACUCAAACAUUUUUAUCCUUGUCAAUGGCCAUGUGGUUUUAAAUGAUAAAGACAGUGAAGGAGGAGCCACGGAGGAGCUUGUUUUUAAGCAAGCCCUCGCCAUCCUCAUGUGUGGGUCCUACAGGAACCAGUUGCUAAAUCUGUUUGUGCGUCCAGCUCUGGUGUCAGUAGCAUUACAAAUGACACAAAGCUUCAGAAAAGAGGAAGUCUAUAGCUGCUUCAGCUUUUUGCGAGACCUUUUUUCUGAUGAGUUCAUCUUUUUCCCUGGCAUUGCAGUGAAGGACUUUGAAGAAGGAUGUUUUCUGCUCACAAAAUGUGAUAUAAUUCAAGUCACUGCACAGGAAAUCUUAGUUGCAGAGAAAGGAAGCGCUGCAGUAUCUUUCCUAUCAGCUAUGUUGAGGCCUUUUAUGGAAAGUUACCAGAUAAUCUGCAGGUACCUCUCAAAAGAAGCAAAGGAGGCCUUCACUGAGAAGCAGAUGAUAUCUGGAAUCCGUAACUUUGCUUUUCCGCUUCUCGAGACAGGAAGCUCUCAGUGUUACGAGGUGUUGUCUUCUGAUGUGCAGAAAAAUGCCUUAUCAGCAUUUGUGCGACUACGUGUCGUGGACAAAAUGAAAACGACCAAUGGUGUGACAUACGCUGUAAAGAAAGAUGCCCUCAAUAAAACAGCUGACAUGUUAGAUUCCAGGAUACCUGUGAUAAAACCUGUGACUGCAAGACUUUAAUAUUAAAUGGUUUUACAUGGUGACUGUGGACAGAAUAAGCUGCAAAAAACAUUGAACAGUCCUGAAAUGGAAAAUGGGUAGGAUGCCACAGGAGCACACAUCUGGUCCUUUCCAUUUUGGGAAUUCUGAGUAUGCAAAAGGGGGAGGGGAAUGGAUGUUCUCCAGGUGGAAUACUUUCAUCACCAGUUAGGAACUUUGUCAGCACUGAUGUUUAGAAUGACAUUUGUACCUUUUUAUUAAAAAAUAAUAAUAAUAAUAAAUUAAACCUUACAUA